CUCUCCCCUUGACUUAACUCACCACCUUCCCGUCAACCCGCCUCUGACUUAUCACAUCUCUCUCUUUUUGCCCUUAUUAUAAUCCAUUAUCCCUCACAAUGCCUGAACUUCCCAAGCUCCACCCCGAAGUCACAUGGGCCCAGCGCUCCUCCACCACUGAUGUUGAGCGCAAUUAUCUCUACGUGAACAUCAAGGCUCCCGAUGUUGCCCGUGCCGAUGCCUCUCUCAACAUCACCUCGAAGAACGUUUCUUUCGCCGGAGACUCUAAGAAGGGUGUGAGAUACGAGGUUUCCCUCGAUCUGUUUGGCGAGAUCGACCCCGAGAACUCCAAGACGAACCACACCGACCGUGAUGUCGAGCUGGUUCUGCGAAAGAAGGAGCUGAAGGAGGAAUACUGGCCCCGUCUGUUGGAGACGAAGCAGAAGAUUCACUUCCUCAAGACCGACUUCGACAAGUGGGUCGAUGAGGAUGAGCAGGACGAUGCCCCUGAGGAGGACUAUGCCAACAACUUCGGUGGCUUCGAAGGCAUGGGCGACCAGGGUGGUCUCGGAAACAUUGACUUCUCCAAGCUCGGCGCAGGCCUCGAGGGCAUGGGCGGUGCUGGUGGCGCCCCUGGUGCCGAGGGCGAGGGAUCGGAUGAGGAAGAGAUGCCCGAACUUGACGAGGGCGACCAGAAGGCCGAGGGCGCGAAAUCCUCGAAAAUCCAGGAGGUCUCUUAAGCGGUGAAAUGUGAUUAGCUUUUGGAUUCGAUUAUGGUUCACAAAAUAAGAAGCAAUGAAAAUUCCUGAUGACGAACGACGACACUGGUGCAACUGCUUUACUCGCGCACUGAUGGUUAGUCGCUGCUGCGGCAGGUUCAUACGCAACUAUGGUGUGAAGAGGAAAGUUUGAGAAAUAAUAUCUUCGAAAAGGAACGCAUUCAACGGGAUGAAUGACGACGUGAGGGACAUCAGUAGAUAGCAUCGAUAUAACUAAGCAUGAUUCUGUUAGGGCAGUGAGAACAGGGUUAUUGGCACGAGCCACUCUACCCUGAUCUCCUGCGAUGUUAUGGGAAGACGCAAGGGCAGAUGGCGACCGUAAUAAUACUAGUCUUAUGAUGUUAUCCAAACCAGGCUCCAAUGAUA